GUCUUUGACGUCUCUAAGACUAAUGAAAAAUUUUCAUAGAUAAAAAAUAGUUCUUGAAAAGUUUCAUUUCGUAAACAAGAUCUAGUUGUUUGACGUCUUGAGGAAAUGUUUGAAACCUCACAUGAGUUAUACAUAUGUUAGCAAAAAUAGCGAGCUGUCAGAUUCAGAUAGCGAUAAUAGUUGCCAAACACGCCGACAUCCAUACAACACUCGUCUUUCAACUAAAAGUUCCAAUGUUCAACAAACUUGUAAAACGAAAAGAGUAGUAGUUUUCAGUCUUAAAACUAAACAGGAGAAAAAUUUCAGAGGAAGAAAAAUUAAUGAAGCUCUAACUGCACUCUCCGACAAUACCAUGGAUUACUGUUUUGAACCAGGACCGCCUCCUCUGAGAUGCAGAAACAACUCGUCAUUGUGCUCCUUUUUUCUUGGAUGUUUCUACAUCCUACUUAUUGCAGGCACUUUCUUUGUAAUAUACUCCCAGUAUAUAAUAACAAAAGAAGUCGGUAAACUUAAGGAAGAUAUAAAUAACAUGAAAGGAGGGAAUAAUAGAAGAGAAGAUCCCCACGCAAAACUGUCAAAAGAAUUAGACAAAAAAUGUAGCGAAACUCUGAAAUUACUCCUCAAAGAUCCCGUUGGUCGUCCUGACUUUGCCUUAGAAUCAAGUGGAGGGAAAAUCUUAAGUGUCGAUGCUGCCCCCUAUUCAAAUCCCAAAUCUCUCUUUGGAUUCAGCUUAUGCGAGGGUGAUCAUGGCCCAUCCUCAAUGAUUCAAGCCACAACAGCUCCGGGUCAAUGCUGGGCCUUCAAGGGGCAAACCGGAAAAGCCGUUUUGCAACUUAUUGAUUAUGUUCUGAUUGAUUCCGUCACCUUGGAACACAUUCCACCAACGAUUUCUCCAAGUGGGAGUAUCGAUUCAGCGCCCAAAGAUUUCAAAUUAUGGGGGCUGGAGAAGCCAAACGGAGGAAAGUUAUUUUUAGGCGAAUUCAGAUACACAGCUGAAGGAGGGACCGUGCAAACAUUUAAUGUUAACAACGUGUCGUCUUACUACAAAUAUGUCGAAUUCGAAAUAAUGACCAAUCACGGGAACAAAGAUUUUACUUGUGUUUACAGGAUUCGGCUGCAUGGAACUGCAAGGAAGUACGGAUGAGGGACGUUUAUUACCAAAAUUAUGUCUGUAAUAAUAAAAAUAACGAUAGAUGCACGUCAAUAUAA